AUGCUGAAUUCUGAUAAUUGCCUUAUACCUUUGAAGGAAGAUUCUUUGUCUGAAGUAGAACAUCUGCCAGGACUGUCUUUAGCUGAUGAAGAAUACUUUCAUGAACCAUUCUUGUGUUAUCUCAAAAACAAGAAUCCAGCAACUGAAGGAUUUAAUUCAGUGUUUGAUAAUUCCAGUGGUCUGCAGUUGUUUGAUCCAAUUAAUGAAUCCAAUGUUCCUGAGAACAAUCAGUCUACAGAUGAUGUUUUUCCUGAGUUGAAUGAUGUUGUCCCUGUAUGUAAACAAGCCUAUCCCAAUCUCCUAAAUGGUGAUCCUAUGUUACCUCAGGUGAUGGAUUGUCCUCGAAUAAAGUGUACAAAAAACCGUAAAUAUGAAGUGAAUUUGGUGGAAAGUGCUGAGGAAUUACAAUUUGUGCCUCCAGACAGUGUAACUCCUGUUGGAUUAAUAACCUUUCAUCCAAACGCACCAGUAUCGCAUGAAUUGAACAAUAACUGCCAAAUGCUGCCCGAGAAGAACAUUAAAGAAGAAAAUGAAUCCCCCAAUAAACCCAGUUUGCAACGUCCCCUGCGUGGUGUUGUGGGCAAGAAAGGUGAUGAUCAAUUUGAAUCUUAUUGCUGGAAAUUUCAUGAAAUAGCCAACAUAAGGAGACAGAAAGUAGAACUGACCGCUGUGAAAGAAGAGCGCUUUGAUCAAAUUGAAGAGAAAAUGGAGAAAGUUGUAGAGAGGUUAUUAUUUCUAUUCAAUUAUUGUCAGAAAUACAUCUGA